CCCCCUCCUGUCUACUCUGGCCCCGCCCUCCCCUCCUCCCGUCUAGGGAUCUGAAUGAGAGCAGGGGGACUGACUGCACAUCCAGCGCACAGGAGGCCGAGGGCAGCGUGAGCAACGGCGGCUCGGAGCAGGUGAUUAGAAUUACUACACAAGAUUAAGAAAGCACAAUGGAGUUUUACGAGUCAACCUAUUUUAUUGUCCUGUUCCCAAUUGUGGUGAUCACGGCCCUCCUGCUCUUUUUCUGGCUCUUUAUGAAGGAGACGUCAUAUGAUGAGAUCCUUGCCAAGCAGAAGAAAGACCAGAAGCUGCCCCCUGCUAAAGUAGACAAAAAGAAAACUGACAAAAAGAAGAACAAAAAGAAAGAACCACAAAACGAAAACCUUCAUGAGUCGGAUUCCGAGAUGGCCCUAAACGAGUUUGAUUUGGGAGAUGCUUUGUCUAGUGAAGAGGAGCACGUCGUUCCCGCUCCUAUAAUUCCUGCGGAGGCCAUCGGCAGCGUCCGGGAGCGCAAGAAGAAGGAGAAAAAGCUGCCGAAGCCGGUAGUCAAGGAGCCGGUAGUUAAAGAGCCGGUUAACAAGGAAGUCAAUGGGACAAAGGUUCCUGUGAAGAAGCCGGAACCUGUACCUGUAACCAAACAGCCAACUCCACCGCCUGAAAUUACUGGGUCCAAGAAGAAAGCAGGACCAAGAAAGCAGAAGAAUGGACAAGAUGACUCCCCUAUCAGCCCAGGACCGAAAAAUGAGCAGGUGGUGCCAUCCAAGAGGCAGGAAUCGCUCAUUCCGAUGGCAGAGGUGAAGCCACAAGAACCUGGGUCAGGAAAGAAGACGGCACCGAAGAAGAAACAGAAAAAGGAGAACUUUUCAGCGCUGGUGGAAGAGCCACUAAUUGAGCCCUCAGUGUAUAUCCCCCUGAUGGACAACUCUGAGCCUCCUCUGGUGGAAAAGAGAGAAGUUAGGAAUUUUGAAAAAGCAGGGAUACCAGAAGUGACCCAGAAAAGUGGUGGCAAGAAGGGCAAGAACGUUACCGACAAAGAAAAUGCCGAGGUGAAAUUUAAGGAUUUUGUGGCAACCCUAAGGAGCAUGAUUUUCUCAGAUGAUGAGGCUAUGUCUGUGGUGGAGAUGAUGAAAGACAAAUCCAUUUCUGUGAAGGAUUUGGUACACAAGGCCAAUAAGGGAAACUCCGCUGCGGCAUUGCAGAUACAAGAGAGGGAGAAGCAGUUGGCUGCUGCCAGGGAUGAGGCUGCAAUUGUCAAGGAGCAGUGCAAGCAGCUCACACAGGAAUUGGUAACUGAAAAACAAAAGUUAAGUUUGGUAGAUGCGAAGGCUCGGGAGCGAAUCGGCGUGCUGGAGAAGGAAAAUGGAGUUUUUCAAAGCAAAUUGCACAGCGGCUUUCAGGAUGCUCAGCAACUGCAAGUUAAGUUCCAGCAGGUGCGGGAGCAGUUGGAGAAUCAGCUUGCCCACUUGAAGCAGGAAAAUGGUAUCCUACGGGAUGCAGUGAGCUCAGCCACCAAUCAGAUGGAAAGCAAGCAGUCAAAUGAGCUUAUUAAGUUGCGUCAGGAUUAUGCCAGGCUCGUGAAGGAAUUGAAUGAUAAGAACAGCAGUUUGGCUCAGGAGGAACUGCAGAAGAAGAAUCAAGAGCAGGCGGUGGCUGGGUUGAAGGCCCAGAUACAAGAUGCAGAAAGGAGAUGGGAAGAAGUUGAAUCGUACCUGCGGAAACGAGCAUCUGAAGCAGAAAAGGCGCAGCAAGAUUUUCAAUCAAAGCUUAUUGGCAAGGAAGCCGAAGUUCAGAGUCUGCACAGCAAGCUCACGGACACUAUGGUGAGCAACCAGCAGCUGGAACAGAAAAUCAUGCAGUUCAUGGAUGCAGGACAAGACGACAGCCUUCAGAUUCAGCUGCAGGAUAUGUUGAAGCAAAAUGACACACUGAGCGUUCAGAUUCAAAAAUACCAUUCCCAGAUGCAAGCUCAGUCUUCUGCUUCGGUCAUUGUGGAAGAGUUGCAGAAAACAAUUGAAGAGAAGGAUAAGGACAUAAAGCAUAUGGAGGAUUCUCUGUCUCUGGAACGUGCUAAUUUUGCUAACAGCGGAGAAGAGCUCAAGGAUUUAAGGAAACAGAAUGAAUCGCUGAGCAUUCAGAUUCAAAAAUAUAUUUCACAAAUGCAAACUCAGGCUUCAGCCACAUUGUUAGUAGAGGAACUGCAAAAAACCAUUGCAGAAAAAGACAAGGAGAUAAAGCAGGUGAAAGAUGCUGUGGCUCUUGAGCAAGCCAAUUUUGCCAACAGUGGUGAAGAGCUAAAGACACUACAAAGAGAGAACAUAUCUUUGAAAGCAGAGCUGCAGAAGAUUCACGCAUUAAAGAGUGAACAGGAAGUUUCUUCCCAAGCUCUUGGUCAUUUGGAAAGAAGCACUGCUGAAAAAGAUGAAAAAAUUAGAGCCCUGGAGGGGAGACUAGAGGCUCAGCUUGAGAAAGUAACCACCAACCUUCAGGAGCACAAGGCACUACAAAGUCUAAAUAAUGAAUUAAAGGUACAAGUACAGAAACUGCAGGAACAGUUACUGGAUCAGACAAACAAAGAUCUGCUUGGGCAGAUGGAGAAGAGUAUUGAAGAGAAAGAUGAGAAGAUAAAAACGGUUGAGGAACUUUUGGAAACUGGACUGAUACAGGUUGCAAACAGAGAAGAAGAAUUGAGGCGGCUGAGAGAUGAAAAUGGAUCUUUGAGAAUGGAUGUGCAGAAUCUGAAGGCUCAGCACAAUGAUCAGGUAGCGCUGUCAUCAGUUGUAGAAGAUCUAAAGAAUGUCAUCCAUGAAAAGGAUGGCAAAAUCAGGUCUGUAGAAGAUCUGCUUCAAGCUGAACAGUUACGUGCUGAUAAUGAGGGAAAGACAGUACAGGCAUUGACUAAAGAAAUUGAAGCACUGAAGGAAGCUUUAGGAAACAGCCAGCUUGAAAAGACUGAACAGGUUUCCAGUAUUGCACAAAUUCAGGACCUUCAAAAUCAGUUGAAGGGGAAAGAAGAGACCUUAAAGAAGGCUGAAGAACGGUUUAAUGAACGUGAGAGAUUGAUUCUUGAGAAGGAAAGACAGAUUGAGGAUCUGCACAAGGAAAGUUCACAGUUGAAAAUCCACAUUGAAGAAGUCCAGCACAGACUACAACAGCAAGAUUCUGGGUCAACAGAAGCUCAGGAUCUUCAGAGGAUACUGCUGCAGCGGAGAGAGGCUGAGAGGACCAAUGUAAGUGCAAGCCGGCUCCGAGGACAGGAGCAAAAAAUAAGGGACGUGGAGGCAAUAAUACUGGAGAGGGAGAAGAGCAUUGCAGGCACAACUCAGGAACUAACGGGUCUGAAAAAGGAGAAUGAAAUUCUGAAAAUUCAGGCCAGUGAACUGCAAAAAAUACACGAUCAACAGUUACAGCAGGUUUCAUCAUUUGCUCAAAGCGAAGAGCUUUUAAAAGCACUUGCAGAAAAAGACAGAUAUAUAACACAGCUGUUAGAGGAGGUGGAAUCUCAAAAAGCUGCAGUAGAGCAACAGAGGAAGAAGAAUAAUGAUCUUCGGGAGAAAAACUGGAAAGCAAUGGAGGCAUUGGCAUCAACUGAAAAAAUGCUACAAGAGAGAGUCAACAAGACCGCCAAGGAGCAACAGCAGAACCUUCACACAGGGGAAACAGAAGCACGAGAAGUUCUGCAGAAAAUCUUCCCAAAUGUGUCUGUUUCUGCCAGUUUGCACCAUGGCGAAUGGAUCCAGGAAUAUGAGAGGUUGGCUAAAGUUUGUUUAAAUGAAAAUGGUGGAUCUGAGAAAGUGAAGGCCCUGGAGCAGAAGCUAAAGGAGGGAGAGGAAAUGCAUACACUACUACAGCUCGAGUCUGAUAAAUACAAAUCUGUGCUGGCCGAAACGGAAGGAAUUCUGCAGAGGUUACAGCGCAGUGUGGAGGAAGAGGAGGGACGAUGGAAGCUAAAACUGGAGGAGUCUCAGAAUGAACUGACAGAGGCCGCUUCUGCAGUUCGCACAUUGGAACAGGAGUUGGAUAAACUAAGAAGACGGAGCAAGGAGGCGGAAAGUUUGCUAAAGGAGAAAGAGAAUUUGGAAACAGGACUGGAAAAGGCAGAGGUUGAGAGAACCACCUACGUGUCGGAGGUCAGAGAGCUGAAAGAUCUGUUGACUGAAUUGCAAAGAAAGCUUGGCGAUUCAUGUUCAGAAGCAGCAAGGCAGAAUGAAGAGCUGACCUUGCUGAAGACUCAACUGAAUGAUACCUUAAAGAAACUGGAAGUGGAGCAGAGCGAGCGGCAGAAGGUUGCCAGUGAUGUGCACGAGGUACAGAAAUCGCUGGACCUCCUUCAGGUUGAAAUACUCAAGGGCUCCGGAGACUGUAAUGUCAUAGAUUACAGCGAUUUUCAAACCUCAGCUGAACAAACUGAAGAGGAUCAGGAGAGGAUAGAGAAGAUGCCACGAAAUUUAAGCCAGACUGUCACACAACUGCAGCAGCGUCUUCAGGCAGUGAACCAGCAGCUCACAAAGGGACGAGAAAACGUUCAGAUUAUAGGAUGAAAUAGCUGAGGGUCUCCACCACUGAGGAUAAAAUGGAAGACAUUGUAAUCAUAUUUUGCCAAAAUUAAAGCCUUAUUUAUGUCUUCACCCUUUCUACUUUGUCAGAAACACUGAACAGUGCUACGUCUUUUCUAAUUCUUAUUAAACUACUGAUUGAAAACAGGACGAUAAUAAACAUAAAAGGAAAAAGAAAAAAAACACUCCGCCGACAGUUUAGUUUUAUAGUAAAAAAAAAGAAUAAAAAUAAUUCAUUCUUUUUGGAUAUAUAGAUCUUUACAUUCCUGAAGCUGCAGUAAAGACGUCUACCUUUUUUCUUUUCUCUUAUUUUGUUCAAUACAGAUUUAUGCAGAAGAAUCAACUAUGGUAAAGAUGAUGUAACAAAUAUAUAUAUCCUUUUAUUACAGACGUUGUACACUGUUUUACUUAAAUCCACUUUGGAAGUAGACACCUCCUCGACCUCAAAUAAAACACUUUAUUUUUA